AUGGAGGAGGAUAUGUAUAAACAGGAUGCUCCAUGCUUCAACCAAGUGGGAGCGUCACUUCAUACUCCUUCUCGAGUAACGACGAUGAAGCAGACAACAGGCAUUCUUUUGUCCGCUACGGGAGCUUCGGCUUUCUACGCGGGCAAUAUCAACUACUUCUCGCCAUCCCUCCGUCACCCAUCCCUGGGUAUUUCGAUUCCCAAGGUUGCGGCAAGGACGUAUGAAAGCUUACCAUGGAAGCCUGGGCAGCUCAACUUUACACACGGCGUUGCUUCAGGAGACCCGUACGAUGACAGCGUCAUUCUUUGGACACGGGCGGCACCAAUGAUGGACAAUGACCACUCCAAUACCACGGUCAGCGGAACCACAGGGCUGUUCAGCCAUGAGACUGCGGAAUUUGUGUUCUUCAGCAAGUCCAAAGUGUGUGUUGACUGGAAGAUUGCCACGGAUGAAAAGUUUGAGAAAGUAGCCGAUGAAGGGCGUGUGUGGACAAGUUCGGACAUUGACUUUACUGUCAAGGUCGAGGCGAAGAGGCUCUCCCCGUUCACUACGUACUACUAUCAGUUUAACAUUUGCGAUUCCUACAACAACUCGCCGGUCGGUCGGACCAAGACACUCCCGGCAAAGGGCAAAAAAGUUCCUUCUGAUAUCAAACUUGCCGUGUACUCGUGCAGCAACUAUCCCCAGGGCUUCUUCAACAUGUUUGGAAACACGGUGAGGAAGGAUUCGGUCGACUUUAUUGUCUUUUUGGGUGACUACAUCUACGAAUUCCAGAACGGACAGUAUGGUUGGGGUGAUGCUCUUGGUCGCAUCCCGCAGCCAGACCGGGUAACAUAUACCUUGUAUGACUACCGAAGGAGAAUUGCGACGUACCGUACCGACUUGGACCUGGUUGCCAACCACAUGAAGUUUCCUUGGAUUCAGGUGUGGGAUGAUCACGAGGUGGCGGACAAUACGUGGCGUGAUGGAAGCUCUUUUCUGCAGAACAACGAGGACUCUUUCAUUAGUGACGGCGGUGUGUCGACAGAUAGCCGCAAGGCAAACGCCGUUCGAGCUUAUUUUGAAUGGAUGCCCAUCCGUCAGGUAGACAUGGAUGAUGGCCUGCGCAUUUGGAGAAAUUUCGAAUUCGGCGACCUCUUCGACCUCAUCAUGUUGGACACGCGGCAAUAUGACCGGUCCAUCACCAACAUAUACACUAACACAGGAUACAUCAAAGACAUCUCCAACGACACCUCCCGCUCUCUCAUGGGUCCCCGGCAAGAAGCCUGGUUCUACCGCACGCUCAAGGAAUCCUCCAAGCGCGGCACCAAGUGGCGGCUCAUCGGCAACCAGAUCAUCUUCAGCCAGCUGAUCGUCAGCAAGGACAUGAACCUGCCGUACGACUACGACGCCUGGGACGGCUACGUGGCCAACCGCAACCGCACCUUUGCUACGCUCUACGAGAACAGCAUCACCAACAACAUCAUGCUAGCAGGCGACUCGCACGCGUCAUGGGCGUCUGACCUCGUCUGGCUCGACAAGCCCAUUGAACCAGGGGAAUACGACCCCAUCACGGGCCGCGGGGCAAUCGGCGUCGAGUUCGCCGUCAGCGCGGUCUCGAGUCCUAGUCCGCUGGGACAGACUGUCACGAUGGAGGAGACGGAGACGGACACGAAUCUGUUGACGGGCUUUAAUAAGGAGCUGCAGUGGACGGAUCUGUAUUAUAGGGGGUACACUGAGUUGUGUAUCGGGUAUGAAGGGGUGACUGCUCGGUUUUACGGGUCGCCGGAUAUUAGGACGAGGAACGGGUUUGAGGUGUCUUUGGCGAACUUUACGGUCAAGGAUGGGGAGAAUAGACUGCAGAGAUAUGGAGAGGAGAUGGUGGCGAGCGUGGAUGGGAAAGUGGAGUUUGGAAGUUUGCAGAGGGGGAAGACGGUGACGACUAAUUUGACGUAUGAUACGGAGGAGAAGAGGUGGUUUGUGUUUGGGGAGCAGUGA